AUGGGUGAGUACGGUCUGGCUGAUGCUGCCUGUCGCGGCGCUCGGCCUGAUCGACAGGCAAGUCCGAGCCGGGGAACAUGUCUGCCCACGGCCGGCCGCUCUAACACAAGCAGGCACCGCAUCGUGAGCGAUAAUAACAUUGUGCGGACGAAACUGAUCAACAAUGAGACGACACCUCUUCAGGUCGGAAACGGCAACUUUGCCUUUGGCGUAGAUACGACCGGCAUGCAGACGUAUCUACCAUUCAACACCAUGUCGGUGUGGGCGUGGCACAACGAUACCGAGCCCAGUGGCGGGAACAAAAUCUCAGACUACACCGGCGUGCCGAUGGAGACCCAUGGCCGCAAUGUCUCCUAUGAUAUACCGGACCCCAAGCUCCCCGACGUCUCCCAGUGGCUCAUCGGCAACCCGAACAGAGUCAACCUCGGCCGGAUCGGCCUCCGCUACAGGAACGCGACGCUGUCGGCGGCCCGCAUCUCAGACACGCGCCAGGAACUCGACCUCUGGAGCGGCGUCAUCACCUCCACGUUCACCGUCGACGGCCGCCCGGUCAAGGUCGUCACGCAGGGCGACUUUGACUCGGACGCCGUCGUCUUCGACAUCGACUCGGAGCUGAUCCGGUCCGGCGACCUGACGGUCGAGCUCGACUUUCCGUACCCGCCGAUCCACUCGACACGGUACAAGUACGAGGUCUUUGUCGGCGUCUACGACUUCCCGGCCAACCACACGACGAGGCUGACGCGCAGCUGCGAGGCGAACACGGCGCACAUCCGCCACGAGAUGCAGGCGACGAGAUACAGCGUCAACCUCCGCUGGCCGCACAAGAGCCCGCUUUCCCUGCAGAAGGUCGAACCGGAGGGUUCAACCGCCGUCACGGCGCACAGGUACACCCUCGCACCCGCGUCUGGAAAGGGGGAACAGAAGCCAACUUCGCUCUCGUUCACGGCGCACUUCUCUCCGCGAAAACGCCUGCCCGAUCUGCCGGAGACGAUCAGGGGGCGCAACACGGCUGGAUGGCACGAGUACUGGGACCAGCGCGGCUUCGUUGACCUGACUGCCUCGACGAACCCCAAUGCGACUGAGCUGCAGCGGCGCAUCAUUACUUCGCAGUAUCACGUUCGCGUCAAUAGCGCUGCAAAGGGCGAGUCGCCUCAGGAGAGCGGGCUCAUGAACUACGGGUGGUACGGCAAGUUUCACAUGGAGAUGGUGGUCUGGCACAACGCACAUUGGGUGUCAUGGGGUCGUGAAGAGCAUUUCCACAACAUUUUCCCUGCCCUUUAUGAGAAGCUGCUGCCGACCUCUUUUGCCCGGGCCAAGCUCAUGGGCUGGGAGGGCGCUCGAUGGCCCAAGAUGACCGACACUAUGACAGGGCGGAGCUCACCAGGCCUCAUUAACGCUCUUCUGCUAUGGCAGCAACCACACCCAAUGUACAUGGCGAUGCUGGCGUAUAAGACCAAGCCAACCCAGGAGACCCUUGAACGAUGGGACCCGAUACUCGAGGCGACUGCCGACUACAUGGCGUCGUACGCCUGGUACAACGAGUCAUCGGGGAAUUACGACCUCGGCCCUCCGCUGGCUCAGCCUGUUCCCGAGCACUGGACGACCGUCGCUUCCAAGUUGUCCAAGCCCCCGCAGGUCGACGGCCUGUAUGCAGUUUACGAAGGCGUCAACUCGACGUGGUGGCAGGAUCCCAAGCUGAACGGCGAUCCACGGAGUCUCAUCAUGAUGCAGGGAAUCCUGCCCAACACGCCGGCGGUAGACGAGGAGGUCGGACGACGCACGGCAGAUAAGGUGUGGGAGGUCUGGACUGACCAGAAAAUCCGGGGCUGGGGAAGACCGAUCCUAGCGAUCAACUCGGCGAGAGUCGGGAACCCAGAGCGUGCUAUCUAUCACUUGACGGCAUAUGAUUACUGGAAGUUUGACGAUGCUGGCUUCGCCAUUCGAGGCGGUGACGGCGGGACGCCGCCCCCUUUUAUGCCCGGGAACGCCGGGUUUCUCUUGGCCGUUGCGUACAUGGCUGAGGGAUGGGAGGGAUCAUCCAGUGAUGCUCCGGGCUUCCCCAAGAAAGGCGGUUGGGUGGUCAAGCACGAGGGCCUUCGUAAGGCUUUGUGA